AUGUGGUGGAAAACAACUGGAUGUGGUGGAAAAAAGCGUAUCAAUGUGCUCCACACGCUUGGUCACUCAAACAGGGACAUUGCUCGUCACAUCAGACGUUCUGAGAAGUGUAUUCGCACGUAUCUCAAGACCAAAGUGACUCCUAAGAAGAAAGAAACACGGGGCCGGAAGAAAAGGUUGACUGAUCAAGACGAACGCGCAAUUACGAGACGUCUUUCCAACACGAUGACAUCACUCGAAGAGGUUCGCAAGGAGAUGAAGCUUCCGGUCACUCGCCAAACUGUGCACAACGUUGUCUUCAAUACUCAAAUACAAACUCAUGAAGCAAGCUCCAGACUUCCAAAGGACCAUAAAGUCGCCCGAACCAGAAGACCAGAAGACCAAAUGGGAAGGAUGAUGAAAAGCAGUUCAACCUCGAUGAUGUUGAUGAUUUUCGAGGAUACUGGAGGGAUUCACAAAAGCCGGGCAUGGUCUUCAACACGAGGAACUUUUGAGGUGGAUUAUUAUGGAUUCGGGCCAAGGGGUUACGGCGGACCUCUACAAAGCCCAAGUGAGCCGGGUGGACCAGGCGUUGCAUCAAGGCAUAAACACGGCGACUACAAAAUUCCUCCACGACAACGCUCGGCCGCACACCGCGAAGAUCACACAGCAGAAAAUCGAGGAAUUGGGUUGGGAAGUUCUGCCACAUCCGUCACUUUCAACCCGGACUUGGCCCCAUCCGACUACCACUUGUUUCGGUCGAUGCAGCACUCUUUAGCAGAAAAAAAACCAAAAACCGCGAAAAAGUCGAAAUCUGGGUGUCCAACUUCUUCGAGUCGCAGUUGGCCGAGUUCUUCGAAAACGGCAUCAUUCUCUGCGUGGAAGAUGGCAAAGAGUCAU